CCGACAUUGGAAGCCCAUCGAAUCCACUGGGGAGCAACGAGCGAGGCACUCUGACUGAUUCGGAGUCCGCUGCUGCUGCUACUGCUGUUCUGUUGGGUCGCUCAUUAUUUACCCCUCGUUCUCUUCUUCUCUCUCCUCUUUCCCUCCCCAUCAUCCUCUCCAAAAUCUUGAAUUUACCCCUAGAUCCAAGGUAGUCCAAUCUUCAAAAACCGUCAAAAUGGUCAAGGCUGUCGCUGUUAUCCGUGGAGACUCCAAGGUCUCCGGCACUGUCACUUUCGAGCAGGCCAACGAGAACACCCCCACCACCAUCUCCUGGAACAUCACUGGCCACGACGCCAACGCUGAGCGUGGCUUCCACGUCCACCAGUUCGGUGACAACACCAACGGCUGCACCUCCGCUGGCCCUCACUUCAACCCCUUCGGCAAGACCCACGGUGCUCCCGAGGACGACGAGCGUCACGUCGGUGACCUUGGCAACUUCAAGACCGAUGCCGAGGGUAACGCCGUUGGCUCCAAGCAGGACAAGCUGGUGAAGCUCAUCGGUGCCGAGAGCGUCCUGGGCCGGACCCUGGUCGUCCACGCUGGUACUGAUGACCUCGGCCGUGGUGGCAACGAGGAGUCCAAGAAGACCGGUAACGCUGGUCCUCGUCCCGCCUGCGGUGUCAUCGGCAUUGCCGCUUAAGUGCCUAAAUCAGUCUCCAAAGCUGUUCGACUAGGAUGUGAAGGGCUAGAACAGAAUGAGUAGUCUGCCAUUAUCUCGUCGACAACAGGAAUAAAAUGAAUGCACGAAUGACUUGAUGCCAACUGUUAUGAUAACCGGCAUUUCUGCCAGACUGUAUCGAAGCGCUGAUUACCUCUGCUGUGGGUAGUACAGAAUGUAACUAUUUUACUGGAA